UAAUAGCAGAUUACUUUACUGUGACUGCAAAUAUAAUUUUAUAAAUAUAUUUCUAAUAAGAGUUAUAAAUAUGUUUUCAAUCCUAAAGGAAAAGUAAAGAAAAAUUUUACUACUGCCGAAAGUUACAUUUUAAAGGAUCAUACUAUUUAUUAGCAGAACCAAUCGCAGGCUACCGUAUGCGCGUGCGCGCUUGUGCUCAUUUGAUUUGGAAUCACGACAUCACGAUCGACUCGCUGUGAUCUAUGUGUGUGUAAGCUGUUACCGUUAAAUAUUGUAUUGUAGGUAUAUAUAAAUUUUAUUUUUUUUAUUAAUUAGGUAUUUGUGCUUUCAAUGAUAAUUACGUAAUGUGUUUUUGGAGUUUAAAUACUGAACUGCCAAUCAACAGCAACAGGUGUACAAUAUUUUUUUCUACCUUAGCUUGGUAGUGGAGCUGGACCUUGACAGAGGCCAGAGCCGGUUAUGGAAAAUGGCGUCGCAGUACAAUUAUAAAAUUAAAUUGUCGGAAUGGGGUCUCGACACAUUUAUAGAAAAUUUUGAAGCAGAAGGAAUAGAUGAUGAAAGCUUCAAUCUGCUAGACGACCAAACAAUAAAGGCACUUAUACCAAAAGUAGGUCCAAGACUGAUUUUUAAAAAUAGGUUUAAAACUUUUUUGGAUGAAAGUCAACAGGCAUCUAUACUUACAUAUGUCCUUGAUAGGGAAUAUUGGUCCGAUGAAAAUAUAAGUGGACAGAAUAAUACACCAAUAAUAAUUGAUGACAUAUCAGAUGCACCAUUAAAACGAAAGAAACCAGAUACAUUCACUAGCCCUUUUCCUCAGGAUCUUCAAGCAGUUUUAAAUAAAUAUCCUGAUGGUCAGCUAGUUUUAAUAAAAAAGGACAAACUCACAAAUGAUCUCCGAAGCAAACUGACCAAGGUGAUAAUUACAGAACUAUUUGCCAUUUAUGGAACUGAAAUAAGAGCAGAGAUAUUUGUUAAGGCUGCUGAGGAAAUAGAGACUCUAUUUACAUCUGAGAUAAAGGAGACAUAUUAUAGUUCGGCAAAUAAAACUGGUCCUAGGGGAAAGCUGUACACCAAAUAUAUAAAUACAAAAGCUGCAUUAAAACUAGCAAAUAAUAGUUUAGCAACUACUAGCCAAAAAGGAAAGGAAACUGUUUCCCCAAGUCCCGAAAACAGUGAUAAGGACUUACAGUAUAUGAGCUUCUUAAAAGUUGCUACAGAACCAAUUCAUAAAAUUUUUGAGGCAUGGGAAGAAACUUUUAAAAUAAGAAGACGGAAAUAUAUUCAUAGUAAAUUAAAUGAAAUAUAUGGUGACUUUCCCUGUUUAAAGAAUAAUUCUGGACUUGAUCUGAUUGAAACGGAUUUUAAUAAAAGGUUCCCUGAAUCUACAGAUAUAAUAUACAGAACAUGGAGUCAGGUAUCGUGUGGUAUAUUGGCUGAAGCAAAGGAAAGAAAUAUUAACCUUUUUCAUUCUGCAGAAAUUGAUCAAGUGGCUCAGACACUACUGGUUUUACCAUUUUUAUUCAGUCCUGUUACUAUAAAAAGGUCUUCAAAAGGAAAGAACUGGCGUCCUAGCAGAAAUGAGGUACAGGAAAGUUUUUUCUUUCAUGUUCAGAAUUUGGAUGAGCUGCAAUUAAAGAUUGCAUCGCGAAAAGAUAAACUAAACCAAUUUGGCUUGACACUUCAACCAUUUGGUGUAAUUUCUGGUGAGUUAAACAAACCAUCAUAUAUUGUAGUUGUUGAUGAUGUGCAGUAUAUAGUUGAUACUGGCAUUAGAGCCUUAGAGUUACUUUAUAAGCUUUUUCAUGCCCUGGAUGUUGAAUACCCACAUGAAAGUGAACCACUGUGGCUCUUUUUACAAGAGCUAGUUUUUAAAAUGAAACCUCAGAAGAUUUGCCCUUCAACAGUAUCUAUGGUUUCAGAUAUAUCAUACCAUCUGAAAGAAGUAGAUAAUGCUUAGUUUUCUCAGGUCUAAUGUUUAAUAUGGCGGCCGAAGCAGAUGUGGGGUCAGUAACGGCGGAAUUAAAUAAACUUCGUAAAAACGAAUUAGUGGACAUAAUAAUUACAAAUAAAUUGCCAAGUGGAGUGCACAAUGCGGUGCUAACAAACUAUCUGAAGAAAACGCGAGUGAGUGACGUGAACAAGGAAAUAACUGUAAUAGGUAAUAUCUGUGCAAACAGCUAAUGUGUAAAUCUAAAAUCGAAGUUAAACAACAUAACUAGUGAACUGGACACUCUAAGAAAAUUAUCCUAUCACCUGGAAAAGCGAACGGAAGAGCAAGGAGAUCUUAUAUUGUUGUUAAAACAAUUAAACAAUAAUAUGUCUUAUAGCAAAACAGAGCAACCAACGACAUCUAUAAAUAAUACGGCAAAACCAGAUAUAAAUCCUUGUAAAAACGGGGACAAUAAAAGUGGUAAUCAGAAACAAAGAAUGCCUCUGCCGAGCGCAAAAAGUGUGGAAGUAAAAACACAAACGCCACCACAUAAAAAAACGAAAACAUCGUUUGACACAGCUGGAUGUAAUUCUCAGCAAAGAAAUGUAAACACACAAAGCCGAUUCAAAACAAUAAUCGGCUGCAACAACAAUAAAUCAAAUGCACUCAAGACUGUACCAAAGAAAGGUUAUCUGCACGUUUUCAGAAUUCAUCCAGAUACAACUAUUGACGAAUUGGAAUCGCAUAUGAAGGAAAGUGCACCAGAAAUAGGCUUUCAGUGGGAAGAGUUACGACGGAGUGACGAUUCAGUGUCAUAUAAAGUGAAUUUCCCAAUAGAAUAUGUUAAGGAGGUAUAUAACCCAAAUUUAUGGCCAACAGGAGCAGCAGUGAGAAGAUUUAGAUUCCCACAAAAAUCGUACCAGAAGAAUUUUCGGAUAACCGAAACACCAACGUUGGAGAACUAACAUCCUCUGAUGCAAGUAAAUCAAAUACUGUUAAAAAUAACAAUCUCAGCAUUAUACAUCAGAAUGUUCAGUCUAUUGGCAAUGCGAGUGAUAAACUUCAAGAGCUGCUAAGAGAAAAUGAAGAAUGUAGGUUUUUAUGCAUAACAGAACAUUGGAAAUCGAAUGACCAAUUAAGUUUAUACGGGUUUCAACAUUUUAGACUUGUAUCGAGUUUUUGCAGGCAGAGCGGUCAACAUGGAGGUGUUGCACUUUAUGCAAGAAGCGAACUACAGUUUGGAUUGUGUAACAGGGUAAAUAAGUUGUCAGUGAGUGGAGACUUUGAGUGCACAGCGGCUGAAUUUUCAUUAAAUGAAUUGAAACUUAUUAUCAUUGUAAUUUACAGACCACCCAGUGGUUGCUUAAAGGUAUUUUUUGAUAAACUAGAAGUAAUGUUAACGACGAUUUUUGAAAAAAAUGUUUUAUUGGUUAUUGCAGGUGAUUUUAACAUUGAAAUGAAAAAUGAUAAUGAAAAUAAAUCACGAUUAAUUUCUGUAGUAAAUUCCUUUGGUAUACAAUUAACUGUUACCGAUUACACAAGGAUUACGACUAACAGCAAAAGUUGCAUUGACAAUAUCUUAACUAAUAUUGAUCAAUAUCUGGUAAAUGUUUUAGAUUCACUUAUUUCAGAUCACAGGGCGCAAAAAAUUUGUUUUGAAAUUAAAAAUUAUAAUUCUCACAAUAGUAAAAUAUACAAAAGAUUUUAUACUCAACAAAAUAAGGAGAAUUUUCUAGUACAAUUGAGAUGCCAAACUUAGGAUGAUGUUUUCCCGAAAAAACAGAAUUUACUAGAUGUUGCUAAUGAUUGUAAUAAAUACUUAACUGAUGUAAUUCCAAAUUUGUUUAGAAAUGAAAAAAUUAUUCCAUUUCAAUGUGAUAUACCUGAUAAUAAUAAAUCGAUGUAUUUAAAAUCACUAACACCUACUGACGAUAUUGUAAAAAUAUCUGAAAUGAUAAAAAAUAAAUAUAGUAGUGGAGAUGAUGAAAUUCCAGCUGCAAUAAUCAAAAUGUGUAUAUGUGAGAUAAACACUGUAAUUUGCCAUAUACUGAAUAAUUCGUUUAAAUACGGAAUAUUUCCAGAGCAGUUAAAACUUGCAGUUAUAAAACCCUUAUAUAAAAAGGGAGAUACAGAUUUAUUUGAAUAUCAUAGACCUCUUAUGGCCGGUUUCUCAAGUAGUAGAUAUCUAUUAAAUAAACUUAUCGAUUCCAUAAAGUGGAGAUAUCCCAUGAAUUCGGUUUCUGAACCAUUCGAUAAUGCUUAUCUAUUGCAUAAGUUAUCGAACACAUAUCCAAAGAAAAAUGGCAAGAUAUCUGUCCAAUAAACAUUAGCGCACGCGCGCCGCUAUUUAGCUUUUGCUUGUUUACAUCUUUAUUGUAAGACUUAACCCAACUUUUUUGGAUAUUUUUUGAUAUUUUCGUGAUGAUUACUUUGUGCAAUGGAAAAUUCUGAUUCGUCUACCUCUUCAGAUGAAGAAUAUUUAAAUAUAGUCAGAUAUCUCGAACGGCCAAGACGUUAUCGUGAAAGAGAAGACCAGUAUGAAAAAUACAGCGACUCAGAAUUUCGAGAGAGGUUUCGUUUAACGAAAGGAACUGUAAAUUUACUGAUAGAUUUAAUAGGAGAUAGUAUUCAAGUGUCUAGUACUAGAACAAAUUCGCUAUCAGUAUUAGAAAAGGUUUUAAUAACACUUCGUUUUUAUGCAACAGGAAGUUUUCAAAUUUUGAUAGGGGAUUACUGCAACAUCCACAAAACAAGUGUUUGUAGAGUCAUACAAAAUGUAACGGAGGCGAUAGCAAGACUUCGUCCACAAUUUGUGCAAAUGCCUCAAAAUGAAAAUGAAGUAAUGGCUGUUAAAACUGGAUUAUAUAAUUUAAGACGGUUUCCAAAUGUUAUUGGUUGUGUUGAUGGGACACAUAUACGUAUACAAUCCCCGGGAGGGGAUAAUGCAGAAAUAUUUCGAAACAGAAAAAGUUAUUUUUCUGUUAAUGUACAAGCGAUCUGUGACUCUACAUUAUUGAUAAGAGAUAUUGUUGCUAGAUGGCCUGGGUCGACUCAUGACAGCACAAUGUUUAAUGCCUCACUCGUUUGUGCAUCUUUAGAAGCAGGUGAAUUUGAAGGUGGUUAUUUGUUAGGAGACAGUGCCUACAGUUGUACAGAGUAUUUCCUAACACCUCUGUUAAACCCAAACACUGCACCAGAAAACAAUUACAAUGCAGCUCAUAUUCAGACAAGAAUUCAGACAAGAAAUACAAUAGAACGAACAUUCGGUGUCUGGAAAAGAAGAUUUGCUUGCCUUUCGUUACAGCUUCGAACCAAGUUGAACACUACUUUGUCAGUGAUUGUGGCAACAGCUGUUUUGCAAAAUAUGGCAAUAGCAGGAAAUGAUAUUUUGAAGAAAUAGAACAGGAACCCUUGCUUGAGAAUGAUCUUCCCCAUAAUAAUGAACAAAAUCAUGUAGGAGGCAAUGCACUCAGAAGAAGUGUAAUAGAAAAUUAUUUUAGAUAACUUUCCAGCUGAUGCAAGGAUCUUUCGUUUCUUCAUUGGCGUUUGCAACAUUGACGAUGGUUCCACUACCUCAACAGCUAUAACUUUUACCGUUUGUUCUAAAAAUUUCAAAUAUUGUUAUUUUAAUAAUUUUUGAUAGAAAUUUUAUACACAAUUUAGAAUAUUACUAU